CUCACAAGGGCAUGAUGUUCUACGCCGACUCCUCCGGCUUCAAAGGCAACAGCACGUCGGGGUACUACUGCCCGCCCCCCGGCGGCGCGCGGCCGUCGCCGUGGACGCAGAACCAGGUGGGCCCGGCGCCGCCGGCGGGCACGAGCUCGACCGCCGGGCUGAUGCUACCGCCCAUGCCGCCGCCGCCGCCGCCGAUGCCGGCGGGGCUGGACACGGCGGCGUUCAGCUACGAGGAGCUGGCGGCGGCGACGGGCGGGUUCUCGGAGGCGAACCUGCUGGGGCAGGGCGGGUUCGGGUACGUGCACCGCGGCGUGCUCCCGGGGAGCGGCAAGGAGGUGGCGGUGAAGCAGCUCAAGGCCGGCAGCGGGCAGGGCGAGCGCGAGUUCCAGGCCGAGGUCGACACCAUCAGCCGCGUCCACCACCGCCACCUCGUUGCCCUCGUCGGCUACUGCAUCGACGGCGCGCGCCGGCUGCUCGUCUACGAGUUUGUGCCCAACUACACCCUCGAGCACCACCUCCAUGGGAAAGGCCGGCCGGUGAUGGAGUGGACGGUGCGGCUGCGCAUCGCCCUCGGCGCCGCCAAGGGCCUCGCCUACCUGCACGAGGAAUGCGAUCCCAAGAUCAUCCACCGCGACAUCAAGUCGGCCAACAUUCUCCUUGACAACAACUUCGAGGCUAUGGUUGCGGAUUUCGGGCUGGCCAAGCUGACGAGCGUGAACCACACGCACGUGUCGACCCGUGUCAUGGGCACGUUCGGGUACCUGGCGCCGGAGUACGCGUCGAGCGGGAAGCUGACGGAGAAGUCGGACGUCUUCUCCUACGGCGUGAUGCUGCUGGAGCUGCUCACCGGUCGCCGCCCUGGCGACCGCUCGUCCUACGGCCAGGACGGCCUCGUCGACUGGGCCAGGCAGGCUCUGCCGCGCGCCCUGGGCGACGGCAACUACAACGACCUCGUCGACCCGAGGCUGGACGGCGACUUCGACAAGACGGAGGCCGCGCGCCUCGUCGCCUGCGCCGCCGCCGCCGUCCGCCACGCCGCGCGCCGCCGCCCCAAGAUGAGCCAGAUCGUGAUGGCGCUGCAGGGGGAGAUGCCGCUGGAGGAGCUGAACGACGGCGUGCGGCCGGGGCACGGCGCCACGUUCAGCUCGAGCUCGGGGUCGGGAUCGGAGUACGGGUCCGGGCACGGAUCGUACACCGCGCAGAUGGAGCGGAUCCGGAGGGCGGCGCUGCCCAGCCCGGAGUACAGCGCGGACUACCCCGGCUCCAUCCCGGAGUUCGGCCACCCGUCGCCGGCCAGCAGCGCCAGCUCCGUCGAGCGGGAUGAACGGCGGCGUCAUGGAGCAGGUCGCCGGUGAGUGUGAUGCAGCAAGCAAUAUAAUGGAGUGUGCGAUCCCGUGCACGGUUCACAACCAGCAGGAUCACGUCGAUCCCAUCUUGUAAUGCGCCAUGUGUAAUGUGUUGUAACCUUUAUUGCAAC